AUGUCCUUUCGGAGAUGGGAUCUGAGAUUCAAGAAGACUGACAAUCAACCCGAUCAACACUGCGCGAAGCCUCCUGGUCUUCGUGUACGACGAGCACCCUCACACCAGUGUCCCAUUUCUCAAUCUUCUCCUCCCUCUGUGUCAGCCAGGCGUGACGCUCCCGUCCUUGGUUCAAGGGUCAUUUAUCGCACACCUUCAUCAACCGAGGUUGAGCAUCCUUCAUCUUUUGGCGCAGAUCGUGGAACUAGAGAGAAUACUCAAAUGGGCAGUGCUUCAAGACAUCUGUUAUUCAAGAAGUCGCCAGAGGAGGGAAGUGCACCGCCAAAGGCUGGAAUGGCUAUCCCAUCAUCGCUUGAGAGUUCGUCACCUCAAAAGCUCAUAGAACAGCGGCUCUCCUCUUCGACUCAUGUUCGCCUCCCUGUCCCUUCGCAAGGAACUAAUCCUCCGCCUCGUCCAAGCCCGUCUGACAAACCACUCCCGAGUCUACCAAUAGCCACAGUCAAGUUCAAGUCUCCGGUCCGUAAGUCCCUCACCGAUUGCACAGCACUUCCGCUGCGACGGUCUAUAUCACCCGUUGGCGGUGGAGCGCCGCCACAAGAAGAUUGGCCAACAAUGCAGCCGUCAAACCUCGAUACCGCAACUACGUCCAAACCAGGCCAGUCCGCAGUUAAGCCAAGUUUGGGUGAGAGUUUUAUUGAGGGAAUGCAUGGAAUGAAUUUGGAAGAUAUGAAAGACGAGAAUGCUCAACCCGAUGCAAGAGUCCGCUUCGAAAGCCCAGGAGGUGAUUCGAAUAUCGACGGGGGAUUCCACUUACACCCUAGGAGUGAUGCAAACCCAUUCGACAUGACUGCUAGUGACUCGAAUCGUCCUCUUUCAUCAAGUCAGCUUCCGAAGCCUAGAGACUCCGUGCUUGAGUCGCUCUCACGUCAUAUCAACAGCCCUUCUGUUCGACAGACUAAAACUUCCGCUUUGCGACUCCGACGUUCGAUUGGAAAGAGAACAUGGGGAUCUAGUGAGAAGAGUCAUGACAGACAUGGUAGUCUUCUUUCCAUUCGCGAGAGAGCUCAGUCUCCUUCGAUCCCGAGAGCCAAGCAAGCAUCUGCUGGAGGACCAAUCCGUUCGGCAUCGCGUGGCCGUCACGGAGUCACCGGUCGAGGUACACCAUACACUAUCCCACGCCGACCAAAUUCCAGGCCAAGCAAGACAACCCGAGAAAAAGAAGGAGAGCCUAGCUUGGGACCAAAGGUUCUUCUGACGUCAGAGAGCACUUCCGAGUCGAUCGAAAACAAUGAUACUGCCUCAGAUCUACAUUCAACCUUUGCGAGACAGACUCGUCACAAGAGCUCCACCCUUGUGCCAAUUCGUACCAAUGGUCAAUCAGCCGACGUUGACUAUCAAGAGGGGUCUCCAGGGAAUUGCAUUGCAUCGACAUUCAAUGAAGACAUGAGUUUCAAACCAAAAGAGCUUGAGAAUCCAAGCGAUUUCGACGAAACGUACCUUCAUCACCAAAUUGAUCAACCUCAGGAAACCAACGCAACGGAUGGUCUACCUCAAACUGAAACCGGGAUACUUAGCGGGAGAGAAGCCUUAUCUAACCCUGCCCUUCGUGAUGAUGAUUCGAUGGUUGACAGUGACGUUUCUGAACAUACCGUUCACGGCUACGACUCUUUUGGUGGCUUUCGAGUUAAACGCGUCCGCAACGCGCCGAAGGGAGGACCAACUCUCCGCAUCACAGAUUCAGCAAGUCGAAUACUUCUGGGGGAUGGAAACGAAGACGGUGGUUCAGGGAUGAGAAAAACCAAUCCCGACACCGCACACAAGACAAGUGCACUGGAUAUUCGCAAGCCGGCGGCUAGCAAUGACCAAGGUCGGCGCCCCAGCGGAUUCUUGACACGGCCCCUGUCAUUUGCUAGAAGCAUCACGGAUCGAUCUCUGACUCGGGUCAAGAAUCCGGAAGACGAUGAAACCGGGAAUCUGAUCCAGAGCAGUGGCUCUGCAGAAACAGUCCAUCGUGCCGAAUUUCCCGGAAGUGAUGUCGAUUCCGACGAGAAGUCAUCUUGUCAGGGACAGAAUGAUGUGGGCAUUGCAGAAGCAGUCUCCCAAGAGUCAUCUGAGUUCGUACAUAUGUCAAAUUCGACUCAUCGUGACUGGCCCUGCAAAGACUUUGCGGGUUUAAGACUCGGGUCAGAACCGACUCCUCCCAUUUCAAAGGAUACCACUCCUUCAGGCCUACAAGAUGCAGAGCCGGUUAACCGACCACCAAGCGGAACGUCAAACAAUUCAAGACAUUCUACAGUUGCCCUUCGUGCAGCACCAAGCCGGGAGAUUUCACCGUUCUUGUUUCGGGACCUCGAACACGAACAGUACAAGCAAGGGAAACAGCUCAAUGAUGUCGUCCAAAAUCCCGAGGACCCAAGACUAGUUACAAUGACACAAUCAAAGUCAGUCUUCCCACCUCGAACAUCGUCACGAAAGCUGAGGCCGCCGCCAAUCACCGUGUCUCCUCCUGAUCAAAUCCCAUAUGCCGACAGCUUGUCAAGACAAGCUAUUAAGGCGUACAGCGUACAUCCGGACAUGAUCCAAAAGCCCGGAAACGUAGCAGCGUUUUCUCGGAGCAUCUCCCCCAAUACCAGUUCUUCCCAGGCGCCGAAAUACUCCAACAAACUUUCGUACAGUCCAUCAUCAUCCGGGAAGAAAGUCAUCUCUAAUCUUCGCGGCCUUUUUCAUAAGCAUUCGACAGAAUCAACGCCGAACGCAAGCAGAAUUCCGUCUAAGAAAGACGUGCCUGGCAAGCUGAAUCUUCCGGGUUCUGUGCGACGCAAGCCCAUGCCAGGCAACAAGAUCACCAAUCCACCGCUAUUGAACGCUCAGGGAAAUGUGGGCACCGAUACCAAUCGAGCACUAAUUAAUGCAAACGAGGAACCGUGCACCGUCAUUCGCAAUCCCUUCAUCAGUCCAAUGACUCCAUUUACUGCAACUGUCAGCCCGUCUCCAAACCCCACUUCACAAGGGACCGCCAAAUCCACAUCUUCGCCCGUCCCAUCUCGACCUUCCACUCCAUCCGGCACCCCCACCCUUUCGACCGCGACCAGUUUAACGCACGUCAUCCUCGAUCUCGCGCGUGCCGAGCCCAACAUACAACACAAAACUAAUUUAAUCGACCUGUCAAAAUCUAUGGUCGAAGUGGUCAUCACAGCGAGGGAUGCAGAGAAAGCAGCGGAGAAAGCCAAAAUGGAGGCAGCACGAGCAGAAGUAUGUUGGCUGAAGGUCCAGAAGGAGGUUGGAGUUGUCGAGGGAGUUGUUAGAGAUAUUCUAGGCUCGGCUGCAGGGGGUGAGAAGAGGCAGGAUUGA